AAUUCACUCUCUUCCACGAGCUCUCCCACAACAUGUUGCAGUUCCUUGUGUUUGCCACCUUGAUUGGUGCUACACUUGCUAGCUAUGGUGCAAAUCUAAACUACCGCUCUCCGUCCCUUCACCAUCCUGCUCUCGGUAUCUCUGUGCGGAAGGUCGUCAAGCGACAUGUUGAGAGACAGUCCCCGCCGGCCUCCCAGCUCAACUUCACUCAUGGAGUUGCUUCCGGUGACCCAUAUCCCAACAGCGUAAUUCUGUGGACACGAUGUGCUCCCAGCUCAGACGACGUCAAGAGCAACAGCUCCACCAGUGGUUUUGUGCCGCUUUACAAUCCUGUCCCUAUCUACAACGACACCGACGAGGGGAAGCCACCCUCCACUUCUCCUGUCUGCCUGACCUGGAAGAUCGCUACCGACAAGGCGUUGUCAUCUGUGGUCGACCAAGGAACUGUAUACACGAGCUCGGACGUCGAUUACACGGUCAAGGUUGAAGCUUCCAACCUGCAACCUUUCACCCAAUACUACUACCAAUUCACAGUCUGCAACAGCAGUGUUUCUAGCAUGGUUGGCAGAACCAAGACGACUCCCACGGCCACUGACAAUGUCACUGGAGUCAACCUGGCGGUCUACUCUUGCAGCAAUUUCCCGUUCGGUUUCUUCAACGCGUUCGGGAACCCUGUCCGCAAAGAUUCCGUCGACUAUGUUAUCCAUCUCGGCGACUACAUUUAUGAAUAUGCCAAUGGUGAAUAUGGGUGGGGUCAGACUAUUGGUCGUGUCCCCUUGCCGGACAGAGAGAUCUAUACUCUCUAUGAUUACCGCAAGCGUCAUGCCACCUACAAGACCGAUCUGGAUCUGAUUGCCAGUCACGCAAACUUCCCCUGGAUCGCCGUCUGGGAUGAUCAUGAGGUUGCCGACAAUACCUACCGUGAUGGCUCCUCAGAGCUCAACAACACCGAAGCGUCUUUCAUUGAAGACGGUGGCGUCUCUGUUGAUCAAAGGAAGAUGAACGCAGUCCGAGCAUAUUUUGAAUGGAUGCCCAUCAGACAAGUCGAGAUGGGUGAUGAUCUCCGAAUUUGGCGAUCCUUCUCGAUCGGUAGCCUCUUCGACCUCAUUAUGCUCGAUACUCGCCAAUAUGACCGCUCCAUAACCGACCUGUACUGGAACACAGACUAUGUCCACGAAAUAUCGAACGAUGCCGGUCGAUCCAUGAUGGGCUCUCGCCAGGAGAAUUGGUUCUAUCAAUCCCUGAUCAACUCGAAGAACCGUGGUGCAACAUGGCGUGUCAUUGGGUCCCAGACGGUCUUCAGUCGUAUCAAUGAAUCCGUUGCCUAUGGCAACGUCGAUCCUCUCGAUUAUGAUGCAUGGGAUGGGUACCAAGCGAACCGCAACCGCACGUUUCAAGCGUUGUACAGCAAUAACAUUACCAACAACAUCAUGCUCUCAGGAGACAGCCACGCAAACUGGGUGUCUGACCUUGUGUGGUUGGACAAUCACCCCUAUGACCCCGCGACUGGCGCAGGAGCUAUCGGAGUUGAGUUCGGCGGCACAGCCGUUUCGUCCCCGUCGCCGUAUGGUGCAAACAUCUCCAUCGCGAAAAGUGUCCAAGCCAGUGAGUGGCUUGUCGGUGCCAACCGCGAACUGCAAUGGCAAGAGAUUUACUACCGAGGGUAUUACGAACUGCACAUCACUCAGCAGCAGGUCAACGCGUACUAUUUCGGAAUGCCGACGGUGGUCAGUCGCAAUCCUAACGAAAUCUCGCUGGCCAACUUCACCGUCAUCAACGGUGAGAACAGGCUUCAUCGCUUCAACGGCACAGUGGUGCCCAGCCCUGUGGAGAACGGCUUUGUCAAAUUCGGCCAUACCAAGCAGACCAACAUCACCAAUGCGACCGAUACUGGUCUUUAUUUCAUCAGUCAUGCUGGACUGGAAGUGCUUUGAUUGCGGUGAUGGGGCAUUAUAUGAAGACGUGUCGACAGGAGGGAGAUGUACUUGCGUAUAGAUAUAAAGACAAACGCUGACUGCCUGAAACUAUG